CAUUGAUCAUGCAGCUGUUUGUUUUUCUUCACAGGGUUUCUGCAAUAAAGAUGGCAGCCUCUUUGCUUAGGGUAGGACGACUCGGAUCUCUCAGGUGUCUGCAGGCGGAGGGCUUGAGCUCCAUCGGAAGAGCUCCUGCUGUAGCUUUCAGCUCAAAAUCUGGGGACAGCAAGUCCAAAAAGUACAACAAAGAAAAAGCAGCACCAAAAACGUACUUCGAUAUAGAAAAACUUGUCCAGCACAAAUCAUUUGUGGAAUUCCCCCAGAAGGAAGUUGCAGCUUCAGUUGCUGCUGCCUCUACAGAAACUGCAUCUGCUGCUACCGCUGCACCUGAACCAGUUGUAACUGCCACUGCAGCUGAAACGGUUGUACCUGUAGUUAAAGCCGCUGCCCCUGCAGCUGAAGCUCCUGUAGUUGAAGCCGCUGCCCCUGCAGCUGAAGCUCCUGUAGUUGAAGCCGCUGCUCCUGCAGCUGAAGCUCCUGUCGUUGAAGCCGCUGCCCCUGAAGUUGAAGCCACUGCUCCUGCAGCUGAAGCUCCUGUAGUUGAAACCGCUGCCCCUGCAGCUGAAGCUCUUGUAGUUGAAGCUGCUGCUCCUGCAGCUGAAGCUCCUGUCGUUGAAGCCGCUGCCCCUGAAGUUGAAGCCGCUGCUCCUGCAGCUGAAACGGUUGUACCUGAAGUUGAAGUUGAAGCCACUGCCCCUGUAGUUGAAGCCGCUGCCCCUGUAGUUGAAGCCGCUGCCCCUGUAGUUGAAGCCGCUGCCCCUGUAGUUGAAGCCGCUGCCCCUGUAGUUGAAGCCGCUGCCCCUGUAGUUGAAGCCGCUGCCCCUGUAGUUGAAGCCGCUGCCCCUGUAGUUGAAGCCGCUGCUCCUGCAGCUGAAGCUCCUGCUGCACUAGCUUCUGAAGCCGCAUCUACAGAAGAAGCCCCUGCCCAAGAAGCAAUAGCUGAAGUUGUUAAAGCUGUCAGUGAAGUUGUUGUAGAAGCUGCCCCUAUUGAGCCGGUUGCAGAGGCAGCUCCUGCUGAAGAGCUGGUAGAUUCCGCCCCUGUGAUCACAGAUGCUACUGAAGUUCCAGCAGAAGUUGUGGAGACGCCUGAGGCUGGAUUGGAUCCCAUUCAGAAACUUUUCAUAGAUUCAAUUCGUGCAUACUCCACAAAAAGCGGUGCCGCUGGUCUAGUUGAUGCCGGUCCAGAGUAUCAGAAGGCUCUUGCUGAUGAAAUAGCCAAACUGCAGCGGUUGUACGGUGGUGGUGAUCUGUCUUCCUUCCCAGAAUUCAAAUUCCCUGAGCCUAAAUUUGAUGAAGUGUCCAAGUAAAGUUCUGUUUUUCUCUCCUGUGCCUCAAUCCAAUUUUGUGAAAGAGGUCUUUAAAUAGGUCUUUCAUCUGUAAAAGUGAACAUUUUGUGAGAUUUUUAAUGUUGUGAGACUAAAUAGCUAUUUUUCAAAAAUGAUGUCUAAUGGAAAACAUGACCUAUUUCAUGUACUAUAACGCACAUGUGGAAGAGAACAUUUCUCAGCUGUGAAAUAAAUGCUAGUCGCUUUUCGCAA